CUAGACACUGGCUGGCCUGCCUCGUUACACUCUCGACAGGUUCCCAUCGCACUCAUCAACAACAUCUCAUAGCCACACACACACACAACACCUCGUCUUCCCUCAUCAUGUCUCUCCAAGGCAAGGUCGCGCUCAUCACCGGAGGCGCCAAGAACCUCGGCGCCGCCAUAGCAAACGAGCUCGCGGCCCUCGGCGCCGGCCUCGCCCUGCACUACAACUCGCUCAAGUCGCGCGACGACGCCGCCCGGCUGGAGCGGGAGCUCAAGGCCAAGCACCCGGACGUCCGCGUCCGCUUCUACCAGGGCGACCUGACCACCGAGGCCGCCGUCGACACGCUCUUCGCCUCGGCCAUGGCCGACUUUGGCAAGGUCGACAUCGUCAUCAACACGGUCGGCAAGGUACUCAAGAAGCCCAUCACCGACAUUACCGAGGCCGAGUACGACGACAUGUUUGCCGUCAACUCCAAGGCGGCCUUUUUCAUCCUAAAGGCCGGCGCACGACACGUCUCCGACGGCGGCAAGCUCAUAACCAUCGUCACAGCCCUGCUGGCCGCCUUCACCGGCUUCUACACCUCCUACGCCGGCUCCAAGGCCCCCGUCGAGCACUUUACCCGCGGCGUCGCCAAGGAGCUGCAGCCGCGCCGCGUGAGCGUCAACGCCGUGGCGCCGGGCCCCAUGGACACGCCCUUCUUCUACCCGCAAGAGUCCGACGACGCCGUCGCCUUCCACAAGAGCCAGGCCCUCGACGGCCGCCUCACCGAGGUGCAAGACAUUGCGCCCCUCGUCCGCUUUCUCGUCACCGAGGGCUCGUGGAUCACCGGCCAGACGCUGUUUGCCAACGGCGGCUACACGACCAGGUGAAGCGGUGAGGCAGAUAGAUGCCUAUGGCUUGAGAUGGACGCAGUGUUUGGUGGGGUUUGGUUUGGUUUGGUUUGGUUUGGUUUGGUUUGGUUGGGUUGUGUUGGGUUGGGUUGUGUGGUGAACUGGUGAUGCAACCGGGACUUGCGCAGUCUCACGCAGCGCCUCAGUAUGUCCUGCGUCCAGUGUAAUAGUUAAU